AUGGAGAACCAGAGGGGAGCGCUCUUGGGGUAUGUCCGCUGGGAAGGAGAAGCGGAAGGGGAUGAGGAGGAUGGGGUGGCUCCUGGUGCUUCUCCUUCCAACCAAAUGAGCAAACUGGAAGAUGUGCAGGUGGAGAUGCUCGAGAAGGCAAGGGAGCUCUUCCAGCUGUGUGACAAGGACGAGAAGGGUUUUAUCACCAAGGUGGACAUGCAGCGGCUCCAGAGCGAACUCCCUCUAACCCUUGAGCAGCUGGAGACUGUUUUUGACAGCUUGGAACAGAACAAUAAUGGAUACCUGACGCCUGUGGAGUUCAGCAUGGGACUAGGAAAGUUAAUAAGGAUUGAAUUGUGUCAAGGGGCUGGGAGAAUGGAUCACUCCAGACACGAGGAGACCUUUGAGUCAGGCUGGUCAGAUGACUUGGACCCCACAGAUGAUGAUGAAGAGAAACGAUUCUGUUCUAUGAUGGAGCAGCUUGGAGCAGCCCAAAUGUUUGAAGAUCCGCACGAGAUUCGGGAGCUCUGGGCUCGGCUACGAAAGGAGCGUCCAGAGCUCUUAUCCAGUUUCGAAGAGUUUCUGUUGCGUGUUUCAUCGUACAUAAGGGAGGUGAAUCAUGAGAAGGAGUCUAUGGAACAGGCAUUGAAGCGGAAGGAGACAGACCAUGACCAAGCAGUGAGGUGUCUUUAUGAAGAAAUGGAGCAACAGAUCAAAGCAGAAAGAGAGAGGCUGAUCUGCCAGGAAGCACUGAGACAUGACAGGAGUAACCUGCUCCAGAAGGAACUAAACAGCAAAGAGCAGGAGCUGGAGAAAAUCCUCUGCUGCCAGAAGAAGCUGGAACAUCAGCUACAGGCGCUGAACUCGGAGCAGCUGGAGACCCGCGUGCAGAAUGAAAGGCUCCGGCACCUGAAUGAAAACCUCCUGGAAGAGCUGGAGAAAAGCAAAUGGGAGCUGGAAGCAGUGAAGGGGCAAUUACAGAAGCUCCAGAAAGAGGCUCAGCUUGAGCAAGAGCAGAAGGACAGGGAUGUGUUUAGAGUCUCCAAGAACAUGCAGAAAGAGAAACAAAGUCUGCUUAGGCAGCUGGAGCUCCUCAGAGAGAUGAACAAGAAACUUCGAGAUGAGCGAGACGCUUGUGAAGCCAAGAAGCUGGCGCCUCAGAGCAAAAAGCCCCUGUUGAAGAAAGGUUCAGUGCUAGGCAGUUACCUGCUGGACGACAAGCCGGUCAAACGACAACUGGCCUCUGCGGACCUUCCCUUCACCUUCCUGGUGGAUGUGGCAGUGGAAGAACCCAACAGAAAGAACUAUAAAUACUUCCCAGGCAACAGGACAUGGCUGAAGACAGGAGAAGGAGGCGGCACAAACUUAAGAGAGAAGAGCAGAGACAAGGAGAGAUGGUCAUUGGCAGAAGAUGCUGAGUGGUUGAAGCUGACUUUGAAGGGUGAUGCUGACUGUAGAAAAAAUGCAGAUGGAUUAGAUGAUGCUCCAUUGCCUCCUAGAGGACAGCCUGUUGGCACUGAAACCAGGCUCCAGGUACUGGAACCAGCCAGCUGCUCCCCAGACCGCAUCUUUAAAGUGGUGUUUGUAGGGAACUCUGGCGUUGGGAAGAGUUCCUUCAUCCACCGCUUCUGCUACGACAGGUUCUUGGCUGAGCUCAAUGCAACUGUCGGUAUUGAUUACCAGGUGAAGAGUCUGAUGGUGGAUAACACCCAGGUUGCCUUACAGCUGUGGGAUACAGCUGGACAAGAAAGGUUUCGGAGCAUUACCAAGCAGUAUUUCCGGAAGGCAGAUGGGAUUCUGGUGAUGUACGACAUUACGGCCGAGUGCUCCUUCACGGCAGUGCGGAACUGGAUGAGCAGCGUCCAGGAAGGUAUCGAGGAUGGAGCUGUGGUCUUUCUGCUUGGAAAUAAAAUGGAUGCUGUGCAGAGAGAGACCUGGAAUGUGCCCAAGGUGGAGGGGGAAAGGCUGGCGAAGGAAUACGAGGCUGUCUUCUACGAGUGCAGCGCGAUGACUGGCUAUAACAUCAUGGAGCCCAUGCUGCACAUGGCCAGGUUGCUGACAGCGCAAGAAGACAGGCAGAGAGAGAAUGCCCUGCAGCUGGAAGAUGUCAGCAGGAGGAAAGGGUGCUGCACAUAA